CCUUGUUCAGCCACUCACUGUUAUAGGGUGACAACCAGGGGCGGACUGACCAUUUGGAAACUCGGGCACUGCCCGAGGGCCCGGGUCAGUAGGGGGCCUCAUGAGAUGCCCUUGGUACCUUUUUCACAGGCUUUUUUGAGUUUGGGCAAGGACACAGGGGCCCCAUGAUCCACUAUUACCCAGGGGCCCCAUGAGUUGUCAGUCCGCUCCUGGUGACAACGCUCUGUCCCUCUCUCCCAACGGUUCACUUGCAUUGUCACCUUGCUAAAUGGGCUUCAAGCGGCUACUACACACAUUAUGCUUUUUUGGGUGUGGUUUGAGUGUGGGUGAGGAUGCAAGGGCCCCAUGAUCCCCUAUUGCCUGGGGGCCCCAU